AGAAACCCCUCCGCCACCAAAGAGGAACCUUUAAACCCUAGCGCCGCCGCCGCACAACCCAAGCCGCCGGAGAGCCAUGCGCCGCCCGCAGAGCCGCGGCGCGGCGAAGCAGACCCGCCUCCGGGAGGCUGACGAGAUCCGCCUCCUCGAGGCAUGGAUCGACGCCGGCAAGCCAGACAGGGGCACCAGGCCCCCUCCCCUCUCCAAGUCCUCCUCCAGCGCCGCCGCCGCCGCGGCCCCCAAGAGGGGAGGCAAGGGAGGAGCUAGCAAGGCGGCCGGGGAGCACGCGGAGUACGGCGCCUGCACGCGGUUCGACGAGCUGCCGCUGUCGAGGAAGACCCAGGACGGGCUGCGGAAGGCGGGGUACACGGAGAUGAGCGAGAUCCAGCGCGCCGCGCUGCCCCACGCGCUCUGCGGCCGCGACGUGCUCGGCGCGGCCAAGACCGGCUCCGGCAAGACGCUCGCAUUCGUCAUCCCGGCUUUAGAGAAGCUGUACAGAGAGAGAUGGGGUCCAGAGGAUGGCGUGGGUUGCAUUGUUCUUUCUCCCAAUAAGGAUUUAGCUGGGCAAAUUUUUAAUGUUUUUCAGAAGGUAGGGAAGUUUCAUGGGUUCAGUGGUGCUUGUAUUGUUGGUAACCGCAAAGGCCUUGAUGAAGAGAAGGCAGCCAUAAACAAUAUGAAUAUCUUAGUAUGCACACCUGGGCGGCUACUUCAACACAUGGGCGAGACCGCAAACUUUGAUUGCUCAAAGAUCCAGAUUUUGGUGAUUGAUGAGGCAGAUCAAGUUCUUGAUAAAAAUUUCCAGGAGCAAGUUGAUAAUGUUGUUUCUCAGCUUCCUAAAGUUAGACAAACAUUGCUGUUUUCUGCCACGCAAACAAAAUCAGUUAAGGACCUUGCAAGGGUUAGCCUGAAGGAUCCUGAAUAUAUAAGUGUGCAUGAGGAGGCUAGCACGGCUACUCCUGAUACCCUUGAGCAGUUUGCCAUGAUUGUGCCUCUUGAACAGAAGCUAAAUAUGCUCUGGAGCUUCAUCAAAAGGCAUUUAAAUUCAAGAACACUAGUAUUCUUAUCCAGUGUCAAGCAGGUAAAAUUUGUUUAUGAAGUUUUCAAGAAACUCCGUCCUGGUAUUUCUUUGAGAUGUAUGCAUGGCCGGAUGAAAUACGAAGUACAGCAGGCUAUAGUAGCUGAGUUCAAAGAAGGAAACUCAGUUCUAUUCUCAACUGAUAUAUUUGCUAGAGGAUUGGAUAUAGAGGAUGUUGAUUGGGUCGUACAAGUUGAUUGCCCUGAAAACAUUGCUUUGUACAUCCAUAGAGUUGGCCGUACAGCUCGUUAUAACAAGAGAGGAAAAGCUCUUAUCUUCCUUUGUCCUGAGGAAGAAAGAAUGCUUGAAAAAUUGAAGGCAGCCGAAAGUAAAAUACCUAUACAUAUUAAAAAGCCAAAUACAGAACAACUGCAGCAGAUAUCUCAGAAUAUAGCAGCAGUGCUGGUUCAAUAUCCCAAUUUGCAGCAACUGGGUAAAAGAGCUUUCAUCACCUAUCUCAAGUCAGUGUACCUCCAGAGCGACAAAGAGGUGUUUGAUCUUAGCAGGUUCUCCAUGGAGAACUUCGCUGCAUAUGCUGCUUCACUUGGUCUUCCUGUUACCCCAAAAAUUCGUUUUAUUAGGCACAAAAAGAAUGUGCCAAAGAAGUAUAUGGGGGCCAUCGAUGUGAAACAGAUGAAAAGAAGUUCCAAAUCUGAAGUUAUAGAAAUUAAUCCACAGGUCAAAAGUAACCUAAUUGUGGAUGAUGGAGAUGAUGAUAUCCUUUAUCCCAAGGAACCAAAAGCAGAUGUCAAUAUGGAUGAUGGUCUUGAUGAUGUCCUUUAUCCCAAGGAAUCAACUGUAGAUGCAAAUAUUGAACCAGAGAAAAUUACACAAUUGGGAAGUAAGUCCAUGAAAAAGAAGAAGCUGAAGAUAAACCUGCACAGGCCAUUGGGUACACGUGUCAAGUUUGAUGAUGAAGGCAACACUAUUGCUCCUCUUGCCUCCAUAGCUGAAGAAGUGGGCUCAGGAGACGUAAUUAACAAGAAGCAAAUUUCCCAGAGGUAUGCAGAAAUGUUGAGAGAAAUGCGGGAGCACGACAAGGAGGACAAGCUCGAACACAAGAAGAUCUUGCGGGAAAAGAAGCUACAGAAGAAGCUGAAGCUGAAGCGCAAGAGGAGCGAGGAGGAAAUGGACGCUGGUUCAGAGGACAGCGGUUCGGAGUCAGACAGAGACCAGAAAACCGCAGCCUCCAGGGGCAAGAAGAGGUACUUCGACAGCGACGACGAAGGCGAAGAUGCGGCGAAGGACGGGGGCGUUCUCGCGAAGCAGGAGGCGUUGGCCUUGAAGCUCCUGAGUAAAAUGCACAGCUAAUUUAUACGGUUUUGUGUUGUUGCGCGAUGGUGUGGUGUCUUGAUUUAGUUAGCUCUCCGCGCCCGGAGGGUGAAAUUUUGAUCUGUGCCAGUCUAGUUCCCUGGGAGUUGAGGAUGCAUACAUUAUUAUACAUAGGAAACAUGCCAGAUGAUUCAUCACGCUAGUCAUACCUCUGUUGAGAAUUUUGAUGGGAAACAUGGUCUGUUAGGUAUCAUCGUUUGUCUGAUACUCUAAUCCCUUGUCUUUUCGUUUCU